AUGAAUUCUAGACUCGGAAAGGAGUUAAAAUUUUAUGUUACACUAGCUUAUGGUUCAGUUGUUUGCCGUCUAGGCCUCCGAAAUUGGUAUGACAGGAUCAAUGACAAAAUUGUGCUUGGUGGACUACCAAUGCUACCAGAUUUCGACAGCACUAGAACUAAGGAGAACAUAACUCAUGUGAUUAGUAUGAUUGAGCCCCAUGAGGUCAAGGGAUUCGUACUCGGACCCUCUGAAGCUGCUUUCAGAGGUCUCAAAUAUAUCAAUCUUCCUGUUCAAGAUUUUGUUGGAGUUCCUUCUAUCGAACAGGUAGACGCUGGUCUCUCAUUUAUAGAUUCCUGUCGAGGAACCGAUACUAGUGUGUACAUUCACUGCAAAGCUGGACGAACGCGCUCGGCCUACAUCGUGGUGUGCUACUUUAUGCAUGCCUUUGACCUCAAUAUGGAGAAGGCCAUUGAACAUGUCCGAAUUUUCCGCCCUUCAAUCAAAUUUAACCGAGAUCAAAUGCAGGGUCUUCAGGACUACUUUGAUCAUCUCACCGAGCAGAAACGAUUUGAACAAAGACAUUGGCAAGUUUGCCUUGUUUUAAGUGAUGUCCUCUCACAUAUCUGUUAA